AUGGUGCGCGGCCUCGCCAGGUCCGCAAUCAGGCCACCAGUAUUUACAAGAAAUUUAGGCGCUAUGCCUCAAAUUGCGAAGGCUGAGGGUGAUAUCUCCUCGGUGUUUGCAUCUUUAUCGGGGGAGACAGAGCAACAGCUCCCGGUGCGCUAUAGGGAACUCAAGAAACAUCUGAUCGCGGAAAAUGCCGAUAUGGUUCAAGCGAGUUGGAAUAGGCUGAUCGAGUCUCUGAAAGAUGGCGUCGAGAUGGCCAAAGUGAUGAGAGAAAAGAUGAUCCCCUCGGUCACAUUUGCUGACCUCACCUCCGGUAAACUUAACUCGAAGACCAUCGACACCAUCAAAAACCGUGGGACGGUAGUCGUCAGAGGCGUCUUCUCGCGUUCUGAGGCACUCGAACUAAAAGCACAAACCAGGGCUUACAUAAAAGCCAAUUUGAGUUCUACAAGACACUUUAAGGGCCAAGUUUUCGAGAUAUAUUGGUCUCCAAGCCAGAUCAAAGCCAGGGGCGACCCUCGGAUGUUGAGCGCGCAACGAGCACUACAAAAGCUAUGGAGCGGGCUGCCAGAACAACAAACAAACACACCAAUGUCGUACGCUGACCGUCUGAGAAUGCGGACUCCGGGUGAUAAGUCCUUCGCUCUGGGUCCCCAUGUUGACGGUGGAUCGUUGGAAAGAUGGGAAGACCCCACAUACGCAUCUUGUUACAUCGAAAUAUUGAAGGGAAACUGGGAAGGAUAUAAUCCCUUUGAUGCUAGAUAUCGAGUUGAUGCGGUGAUGGAUUUAUAUAACUCGUCCGGCGGAUGCGCUGCAUUCCGAGAAUUCCAGGGUUGGCUGAGUCUUUCUUCUUGUGGACCAGGAGAAGGGACAUUAAGAGUCAACCCGCUGUUAAAACAAGCAACUGCAUAUUGGUUCUUGAGGCCAUUUUUCUCGCCGCCAAAACAUGACUCUUUAUCGCUUGACGGUUGGAAACUCGACCUUUCGACUUCAAGGUUCCCGGGUUCGGCGCAGGGCAGAGGCCAGGAAAUGUCUGAUGCGACGCACCCGCAUCUGCAAUUGCAACACUCGAUGGUAUCUGCGCCACGAGUUGAACCCGGUGAUUUUCUUGUGUGGCAUUGUGAUACUAUUCAUGCGGUUGAUCCAGUUCAUAAUGGAACAGAGGACGCAAGUGUCUUCUAUAUUCCAGUAGUCCCGAAAUGUCGGCUUAACGAAGAAUAUAUCCAGAAACAAAAGGAGACUUUUUUGACGGGAUACCCCCCUCCCGAUUUUCCUGGAGGCAAUGGAGAAGAAUAUCACGAAGGACGGCCAGGCGUAGAUGCUAUCAAAAAAGCCGGAGGGCAAGCGGCCUUAAAAGCGAUGGGGUUUUGA